GUGUAAUGCUCAAUAGACAGGGAUUCAGCUAUAUAACACAGUGGGAGCUAUAGCAGCGCGCCACACACACACACACACACACACACACACAUACACACACACACACACGCAGAGACACACCCUGAUGAAGGCUGCUGUUAAACAGUAGACACACACUGUCGCAGGAAUGCUGGGCUCCUUGGACGUCCUCUAUAGUGUCCUCAUCCACAAGCUGAUGGCGGUGUAUGAGGAGCAGGAAGCCCAGCAAAGGGGCGUGGCUAAUGCAAGGUUAGCGCCCAGCCCUGAGGUCUACCAAUCAGAGCUCUCCGUCUUCCAGCCAAUCGCAGGAGGAGAGAUUGAAGUCAAUUCCUCCGCCCUCAAGUCCAACACCCCCCUGUUGGUGAGAAGCAGCAGUGACUCAGCGCUCAGCCCCCAGCCAGCAGACUCUGAACCCCCCCUCAGUGAGGACACCACCGGCAUGGCGGCGAGUCCAGCUGUGGAAAAACCAGCAGGGGUAGACCGACCCCCCAGCAAACACUCCUACAACGGCAGCCUGACUAGAACAGUGGAGAUCCUGGGAGAGGACAGCCCCCUGGGAAUCCACGUGGUCCCUUACAGCUCAUCACUCAGUGGACGGUCCCUCGGUCUGUACAUCCGUGGAGUGGAGGAGGAGAGCCGCUCACGAAAGGAGGGCCUUUUCCAAGAGGACGAGUGCAUCGUCAUGAUCAACAACAACGACCUCAUGGACAAGACAUUCAGCCAAGCCCAGGAAGUUUUCCGGCAGGCAAUGCACUCCCCGGUUGUCCGCUUGGAAGUAGUUCCCUCUUCCAACAGAGAACGCUAUGAGAAGAGUCUGAUUGGUCAGCUGAUUGGAAACAAUGCCGGUCCAGACGGCAGCCCCCGGAUGGCCAAGUCAAAGGCACCACCUCCACCCAUUAAAGCCAAACCUGUGUUCAAACCCUCUCAGAAUCCAGUCCUGCGAUUGGCAGAUGAAGCUGCCUCCACAGAAGCUGCUACACCCAAGGCAAGGAGUGAGAGCCCCCCUCUCAAAAAAGGACCUGUUCUCUCAACCCUGGUGACCAAUAAGAAAGGAGGACGAAAACUGAGGAUCGAUCUGAAGAAAGGUUCAGAAGGUCUGGGUUUUACCGUAGUAACCCGAGAUUCUUCAGUCCACGGUCCUGGUCCUAUUCUGGUCAAAAACAUUCUGGCACGUGGAGCCGCUGUCAAAGAUGGACGCCUGCAGUCUGGAGACCGCAUACUGGAGGUCAAUGGUGUGGAUAUCACAGGUGUGGGCCAGGAGGAGCUGGUGUGUAUGCUCCGCAGCACUCGACAGGGAGAGAGUGUGUGUCUUGUGGUCCUACGGCAGGAAGACAUGUUCCUGCCCCGAGAGAUGAAGGACGAGCUGUCCCGUGUGACUGGCUUCGUUCCCGAGAGCGGUAAGGAGCAACUCAUGUUUGAGGUGCCCCUUAAUGACACCGGCUCGGCGGGCCUGGGAAUCAGCCUCAAAGGAAACAAGUCUAGGGAGACCGGAGAGGACCUGGGAAUAUUCAUCAAAUCCAUUAUACAUGGAGGGGCAGCAUACAAGGAUGGUCGUCUGCACGUCAACGACCAGAUGGUGGCAGUCAACGGGGAGUCGCUGCUGGGACGCUCCAAUCACGUGGCCAUGGAGACGCUCCGCCGCUCUAUGUCGCAGGAGGGAAACGUUCGAGGGAUGAUCCAACUGGUGGUGCUGAGGGCUCAGAAGGAUCAACAGGGGGUGUCGCCCAAUCGCUCAUUCGACAGCUCCUCAGGUCUGAUGGGUCCAGUGAACGGUCACUCCAUGGUGAACAACUCUCUCUAUGCAUCCAAUGUGACCAAUGGGAGUUACUCUUACAUGGACGAUGAUGAGGAUGGGGAGCUGUAUGGUCAUGAAACAGAGUUCAGCAACUCGACCCAGCACUCUUAUCUGCACGAGAGGGAGAACUCUCACAGCUCCAGCCAGGCUCAGCCCCAGACUCCUGCCCAUAGCCAGAACCAGCAGCAGUACCAUCACGUGAAAGCUUCAAAGAGCAUGGACCUCGGUACGACUCAGAACCAGCAGCACACUGUGGCAGACGAGAGCAAUGUCGGAUCCCUGGUUGGAAACACUGCAGCUCUAUCAUCUCCUGUGGAACUCGGCCCCACGCUCGGCUUGAAGAAGUCCAGCUCCUUGGAGAGUCUCCAGACCGCCAUGUCAGAGGUUAACAGGAAGAACGAGCUCCUCCCCUUCCAUCGGCCUCGCCCAAAUAUGGUCAGAGGAAGAGGCUGCAAUGAGAGCUUCCGAGCAGCUAUCGAUAAAUCCUACGACGGGCCAGCGGAGGAUGAUGAUGAUGAUGGUUCUGAGGCCAGUUCAGGCCGGGACACUCCUGCAAGUAGUUCAUCGCGCCAGGGAACGGGGGAGCGGACAGAGGAGAAAGGCAAGAAAGACAAGAAGAAGAAACCGAAAACAAAGAAGAAAGAAAAGAACAAGGGGAAAGGAAAGGAGAAAGAGAAGAAGAAAGCAGAGGAGCCCGAGGAGACAGAGAAGAAGAGCAAGAAAAUAGGCUUUGGCCUUCUGAGAUUUGGCAAGAAAAAAGAUGAGAAGAAGGAGGCAAAAGCAGCUCUACAGCGACAGAAGUCAGACCUCCUGAGUGAUCAUGAGUUUGAGAGGAUGAAAGACGAGAGAGAAAGGAUCGAGGCGGGUCAUCCUGAGUUGCGUCCCAGAGACCAGCAGGUUGGCGAGUCGUCCUAUCCAGAAUUUGAAGAUGACGACGCAGACCCCAACUACGCCCGGAUACAGACCUUCAGGGACCGUGAUACGGGUCCGUUGCCACAGCCUCCACCUCAGUCCCCUCCCUACAGUACCAUUCAGCACGCCCAUGCCGGCAACCCUUCCCCCCAAGGCCCUCCUGUCUUCCCAGGACAUGCAAAUCACGUUAACGACUCUGCAGCCAUCCCUGAUGACGACCCCCUCGAUAGGCUGUACGCCAAAGUCAAUAAACCGAGGGGAGCUGGAACUACGUCUCCUCCUGUCUCUGCUACUGCCAACGACAGUGUGGACAGGAUCCAGCAGCUAAGAAGAGAGUACCAGCAGGCGAGGAGAGAAGGAAUUGUGCCGCCGUAUGAAGAACCAGACCCUCGACGCAGAGGACAUGAGAACGACGCACACAGGAUGCCGGGUAGAGCGACAGAUCCUCGGUUGGCACCACGAUAUGAAGAAGUGGAACGUCAGUACGCGUCAUUACCAAGACGAGGUCCAAUGGAUCCAGCCGACUACCCCAUGCAGCCCUGGUCAGGUCAUUAUCCCGGACCCCCCCAGGCCCCGCAGGGAUACCCUCAGUCCCCAUCCUACCCUAACCCCAACUCCCAAUCGGCCCCGUCCUACUCUGCCUACCCACCUGGUCAGCCAUAUCCCCGGCAAGGUGACCCUCGGGGUGUUGACCCUGGGUACCACCCCCACCCAAGCUCCCAACAGAGAGGCCCCCUGCGGCAGGAUGUGCCUCCGUCACCUACCCCUCCACUUCGUGGGAUGCGGUACGACACUAUGACGCGUGGAACAGCGGGUGGGGGUUACAGGCAAAUGGUGGAUCCCAGUCCAGACCAAUAUGGCUAUACUGGAGAGGGGGGGCGACAGCAACACCAAAACCAAACCAACCCAAGACAGAAGAAUGCCAUGACAGCAGCUGUGUAGACAAAUCAGGUCCAGACAUGAGAAUGAGCAGAAUGCUAAUUGCUUUGUGACGUGCAGCUCUUCUGCUUGCGGUACUCCAAUGACAUAGAGUUGAAACCUCUAAUUUGAAUCACUAUUAUUAUCAAACCUUCUGUUCGCCGUUUGAAGAAUAUGGUAAUACACAGACAAGCAUAGUAAAGGAGGUUAAUUAUGGAGUGGCUGGCAUAAUGCAUUAUGUCUUCUUGUUUGAAGUCUUUUAAAUUGAUUUGAGCCAUCCCACGGUAUAAAAUUAGCAGGGUUUUUACUUAGUUUUCAUGUAGUCUCUUUCAAGAAUCAGACAGAGCCACAAAGGUAAUUGGGUCCAUUUGAAUUAAGGCAUUAUAUACAGCUCUGCAUUUGUUCUAUUGUACCUCAUGGUUUUACUGCUGCUGCUCAAACAGGACAAAAAGUUAUAGAUUCUAACGCACAAUAUAGCAUUGCCUCGUGGCCUUGUAUCUCAAACAUUCAAAUGGCACAUUCUAGCAUCAGUGGUCUUGUGCAAUAAAGCCACUUUUAAAGACUAUUUAGAGUGUUUCCAAAAAAAAUGGCUGCUUGAGCCUCCUCUGGAGUGUGGAAGUAAAAAAUUAUGUUGAAAAUGUCAGAAAUCUAUUGUCAUUUCAGGUCAUAAUACCACUAUAACUUGUGUGUUUUUGAAUAUUUCACCUUAUUUGAAUUGACCUCUACUUGAAUGUAUCAAAACUUCUUGGAUUACAUCUUCCAUGUCAUCAAUACUUAAUUCAUGGUACAACCUGUGUUUAUUGAAUCUGUAAUUAUCAAACAUCGGUCCUAUACCUCGGUACUGAUUGGUUAACAAAAUCCAAUCAGACACACUUUCAGUCUCUGGUGGGAACAGACUCUUUGUCUAGGGUUAUGGUAUAGCCUACUAAUAUCUGGGCCAAGACUUCUUCUUCUUCCAGGCACUACUCAGAGAUACAGACGAUUUAGCAAAAUGGGAUUCCACGAGGGAAUUGAGAUACAACGUCUAUGACUGGAUUGUUCAAGAGAUAGCCAAUUAUCAGGCUAAUAAAAAGCCCAAUUGUUGUCAGAUGAAUGCAGAGAAGUUCCCCAGAUUACGUUUCAGGCGAUGCGUUCUGGCUAUUUUUACCUCUGCCUGAAAUAUUUACCUGCACGCAACCACAGCCUUAUCAAACAUCAUCAGACAAUACCACUAGGUCUGAAACCAGAAACCAGGAUGCUUCCAUUAACAGUAUCUCUUCCCAUCUCGUCUACUACUCUAGAUCAAUAUUUAGAUAUAUCUUCAAAAAGUGUAAUGACUUUGAGAUGUUUGUACUGUUGGGUAAACCACUGUUGGGUAAACCAGGCAGAAAAGGUAAGCAUUUAACUGACCAGUUGUCAGUGCUUAUCUCCCCACUCUAUUACUUAGCAGCCUCUUUUUCUCAAUGCUAUCUGUGUAUGCCAUGUACUGUAGUUCAGAUCUGAUGGAUGGCCCAUCACUGUGACCUGAUGGUGUAGGCGUCACUGCGUGGUGAAGUGCUUACGAGUCUCGUUGAAACAUGAAGUGAGCUUCAGAGUGCUCUUCUCAGCGCUGCACCAGAGAGUAUAUCCAUUUAGCCACUUACUCAACCAUCAAUUAAGUGAAACCAAGAGUGAAAGUCCAGCUCAAUGUUUCUGUGUUUCGCUCCACAAAGCUCAGCAGUAUUAAUUUCAAUGGAGAUUAAAUGUUUAAAAUGACAUUCAGGAUUAGGUGAAUUGCAUUUUACAUUAAUAUGAGGAUGAAAUCCCACUGUAGUGAAUGUAACAAUUAGGUAAUUUGACCGAAGCCCUUGGAGAGAAAUGUGAUGUAGAUUUUAUCUAAAACCAUCUCAAUUGCAUUUUACUUUGAGAGGACUGACAGGAAAGAAAAAAAAAGAGAAAGAUGUAAAGAAAGGAAAAUAAUCGACAGGUAGAGAAGCAAGAUAGAAAAAAAAUGAAGGAAAAGGAUGUAGGGAAGAAAGAACGAUUAAGAAAGAAGUGAUAGAAUAAAGUAGGCAUGGAGGGAGGUGGAAUAAAUGGUAAAACAUUUGCAGUGCCAUAAAGGCCAAAGUCUUUCGGUCCAUAAUGCUUUGAUUCAGAGGGUUUUUAAAUGAGAACAAAGCAGAGAAAAGAUGGAAAGUUCAUAAAUAUUUGGGCGGCAGUUGUUCUGCAGUAGGAGGAGGGUUAAAGGAGUGGGCUUUAUUGAUUGUAUUAGGUUACUUUGGGAAUUACUUAAUGUGUGUUUUUGUCAAGAUGCUACCACUUUUCAGUACUAGUACUGAAAUCAAAAUUCCAAAUAGUAAUGAACGGACAAUAACAAACCACAGAGAUUGGUCUGAUGUUCAAGCAAACAGAAACCACAUCCUAAUUGUUCUCAUGCCUCAUUAGAUCAUUCUCUCGCUUGCUUAGUCAUUGUUUUUGUUUACUUCAAUAUGAUACAAAGCAGAGAAAAAGCAGUACAUCUCCAUAUAUCAGUUAUUAUAUACAUACAUAUAUAGUAUAUUCAUAUACUAUAUGAUAUGGCUGAUGACCGUGUUUCUAUCAAUUGAACAGCCAUUGCGUUUUGUUAUCCUUGCAUCUCUGAGGUCAAAUAAUACAGUAGCUCGUAAAUGUGCAUUUUAGAAUUGGGAUUACAUGGUAAAACAGUAACACUGCAAUGAAAUGUGAUUAAUAAAAAACUUGUUUUACACUCCAAGGACCUUCAGUGGUGAUAAUGACAUUUUUUUAAACAAUAAUUUACAUAGAUGAAUUAAAAUGUGUGCUUAUCUGCAGCCAAUAUACCAAAAAGAGGUAUGCUACCAAAAGGUCAAUUGUAUUACUUUAGGCUAUUGUAGCUGCCUAUGGAAUAUAUCAUGUUAUGAAGCAGCAGAGAAAAUGAUCUUGGGUCACAUGGGCAGUUUGGGGAUUUAUCAUUCCAAAUUUAUUUGCACCACUUUUAGACAGAAAGAUGGAAUAUGUAUUUUUAGCCUUGUGUAUCUGAAUGCUGGGUAAAGCUUUGCAUAGCUGCCGUUUAUUGAGAUGUGAAAAUUACAUUAUCCUUUGAUACCGGUACGCAAUUCACAUGUAUGUUACUCUUUGGACGCAUUUAUUUUGUAUGUAUUUCUUUUUUAUGAUAGUCAGGGUUGUGGGUUGGUUAUACCAGAGCCACCGAGUGUUUAGUUACCAUGCUACUGCAGGAAACCACCUUUAUUUCAGUUAUUUUUCCUCAGUAUUGUAAAAGCAAUUUAAAUGAAAACAAUAAACUGUUACGGUCAAUUUCAACUUUAUUUUGUAUUUUAGUUGGAAAGAGAACACAUCUUGGUAGUUUGCGUAGUAUGGGUAACAUCAAACUCUUUGGCUAUGGCAAUCUAUAGUAUGAGUUGCACAAGCUGAAGGUACGACCCAGAGUCUCCUGUAUGAAGACUUCUGGUACUCCUAUGAAGAAGCCAACUUAACAACCUCUAUCUUAGAAGUAUAACAUUUUUUAUUAAACUGGUUGUAUCCCAAAAAAUCAUUUUAUAACGUUGUAACAAAAACAAUGAUUUCUAUUACCAUUUUCCUACAUUUUAUAUAUUUAUGUAUAUAACAUAACAUUUUUGCAUUAAAAUAUCCAUUUGAAAAGA